AUGAAAUUAGCUCGGUUAGAAAAAUGUUAUAGAGCACAUGUACAGCGGCUGCACGCGACGGACUUUUUUGGGGACGCGUGCACGUAUCUCCGCGAGUCGGCCUCCGUUUCCUGCUGUUUUUAUUCGCUCACGCACAGCCCGAAAUUGUAUGAUAGCAGUACCGAGACAUUAUGGCAGGCUGGUGUAUAUUGGUACUCAUGCCGUGGACUGCCUAUCUAUCCUAUUUGA